UUUUCAGAGGUGCAAGCUCUGCUCCCAUAAGCGGCGCUGAGCCUUUUCCCGGGAGGAAGCCGAGAAGCGCUCCGUGAUCUCGGAAUCCGGGCGUCCCGCUUCGCCUCAGGCCUAGAGGGGAGGCGCGGGGGCAAGGCGGCUCUUUCCCCGACGGCGGAGAGGAGGAAGGGGCUGGCGGGAGAAGCCGCGAGCCAGGCCGGUUGCUAAGCGUUUGGGAGGCCGCCGCCGGUGGAGGAGCAGAAGGAGGGAAAGCGACCCUCGGAGUAGCUGCCUCCGCCGUCGGGGAAGGGAGGGGAGGGUUCCCGCCCUUGGAGAUGGCGCCUCCGCCGAUGGUCUGCCCGGACGACCCCCUGGCCACCGAGACCCGCCCGCCGCAGGCCUGGGAGGGGGACCAUGAGAAGCUGGCCAAGAUUCAUUUUAAAAUUUUAAAAGGACAUUCAGCAGCUGUGACCUCCUGUCAUUUCUGUUUUGAUGAAACAAAAGUUCUUUCAGGCUCUUAUGACAGCACAGUGAAACUCUGGGAUAUUGCCGGUGCUGUCUGUAUUCAGACCUUUGAAGGUGAGCACACUGGGCCCAUUUCUGAAUGCUGCCUGAGUCCUGAUAAUAAAAGGUUGAUAACAGCAUCAUAUGAUAAAAGUCUAAGGGCCUGGGAUACUGAAACAGGGAAAGUGCUUUGGACUCUAGAGCAGGAUGGCCUUGUGACUUCAUGCCAUAUUUCUCACGAUGGCAAGUACGUCGCCUCCAGUUCAGAUUUGGAAAAUGCUUUAUUCAUUUGUGGUGUAGAAGAUGCGAAAAAGGUGGCAUAUGUCAGAGAGUAUCACAGAAGCACAGUGAGAAGGUGUCGCUUUGAUCCUCAGAACCAACGAAUAGCUACAGUGUCAUCUGACAUGUCUUUUAAAAUUCUGGGAUAUUAUAGCACAGUCUACCACAGUCCACAAUUGAGCGCAUCGCUUGUGGUGUCUGGAGGUUAUGACAAAACAAUCGUUAUCUGGGACUCACGAGAGGCAUAUAAAAAGCUAUGUUUAAAGGGUCAUGCAGGUUGGGUGACAGACAUUGCCUUGAGUAGCAACAAGAAGUGGCUUGUAUCUGCCUCAAAGGACUGUACUUUGAGAGUUUGGGACGUUGCAGAUGCCCAUGAAGUCCCUGUGGUGGUCCAAGCCAUUAGAACAAGAGGCUCCAAGUUAGCAAAGUGUGAAGAAUGUAAGAAGUCUUUCCUGCUCUUCCACAAUGAUGAAGACAAAGUAGAAAUCAAUUGUGUUUUCUGUCGGCUGGCAAGUUACAAAGAAAGUGUUCCGCCAGAUCCCCCUCCAUUGCCUCCACUGCCUCCUGAUUUUUAAAGGAAUCAGCAACAGGCCAUUGCUGGAAAUUUUUUAAGCGAUAAAAGUUAUUUGCCUGCA